AUGUCUGCCCGAUUGUCGCCCGGAGGGGCGCUUCUGAGAACAUCGCGGAUGUUCUCAGUCCCCAAGCCACUCCCGAAACCUGGAGGCGAAGCCGCUGCCAUCUCACGAUUCGCAUCACCGACGGCGACGGCGCCCUUCCCUACGCACCAAUCCAUCACCACGACCGAAUCAUCAAGACUCCUCGGCGACUGGGGCUUUAAGCGUUCUCUUCCUCUUCGAUCUACGACACAGUCCUCGACCCCGGUCGUCCGCAUCAAGCAGAUCGACUGCUUCGAGAAUGUCACCGAUUAUUCUUCCGCCGCCGACCACACCCUCUCUCUCCAGAAGUUCCAGGAGCUCAACCUACCCAUCUCACUACCCGGGGCCAACCGCUCGCGUCUGGGCGGCCCCAACGUCGGCGCCAAGUCUGUCUUUGAGGAUGACGGUGACUUCACCGCAAUGGAGCCCGGUCGCGAAAAUGAGGAGAAGAGGUGGAAGUUCAAGGGCCCCUGGCUGGCCGGCCUGACCGAGGGCGAGUUCAACCGAUUCCUGCGCAAAAUUGUCCGCAAAAGGCGCGAGCCUUUCCGCGCCUUCUUGAAGAAGCGUAUCGCCACCGAAUUGACGGCUGCGCGCCACCAAAAGUCGCUGGACGCCGGCGAGGGCAUACCCCCGCAGGUUUUGCCCCAGGAUGUUACCGAUGAGCAACUGACCGAGUACCUUCGCAAGCUGCGAUCCGACCGCAUCACGUUGUAUUCGCUGGUCAGCGAGUUCCUGGACCUCGCACCCCUGAACCCGCCUACCUCCAUGGCCGACUUCGGCAGGUCGGCCGAGAAGACGAAGCGUCCCAGUCUGUAUGCCGAGAACGGCCCGCCCAUCUCCCACCCUUCGGCCGGUAUCUCAUACCUUCGCACCGCGGCUUUCGUCGAGAACCAUCCCGUCUAUGGUCCCCAGGCACACCAAACGCCCGUCUUGGCCCGUAUCAUUGCCCCGAGGGCGGGACCUAGCAACGCGAAGCUGGGAGUUGGAGGCUUCAUCACCGAGACGCCUCAGGGCGACAGUGUCUUCAACCAGAGGUCCUACUCGGGUCAAAAGUCUGGCAUUGCCGGUGUUGCCUCCUUCGACCCCGAUAUCAAGGGUGGUGCCAAGGCUUACGUGCGGCCCACGUCUGCCCGGGUAGACUCUUCUGGCAUGGUGCAGAUCACCGUCGGCGAGGCCAACCAGGAGGCGCAGCUGAUUAGCAAGGAGAUGGUUGGCAAGGCCACAAUUUACAACGACAGGUCUAAAUCCGACCUCCCAACGGGGCAGGACCGCAAGCCGCACCUGAGGACUGUGCGGGGGACCGACACUCAACAGCCGACGGAGACUGUUGGCAGCUCUACGACGUACGGACUCGACUCCUGA